GAAUGAUUUCAGCUAUAAUGCCUGAUGUUGUGAAGAAACACUUUCCUUUAAUUCUAGCCUUUUUAAUACUAUUCAUAUACUUUACAUUUCUAAACUUUGUAUUUAUUAAAAUUUCAUAAAGUAUUAUACAAUAUUAUUAUUAGAAAGCCUAAUAGAAUGGAUAUUUGUAUGGAUAGGUACUUUUAGUAUUUUGAUGCUAUUUUGGGCAUUAUAUAGAACGUCAAGAAUUGAUCCAGGAUUUAUACCUAAACAUACAUUGGUAGAAUAUGAUGAAACAAAAUAAAGAGAUUAUUGUUUGCAAUGCAGAAUAAAAAGACCAGAAAGAUCUCAUCAUUGUUCUAAAUGUAAAAGAUGUGUUUUAAAUAUGGAUCAUCAUUGUGUUUGGACUGCUAAUUGUAUUGGUUUAUACAAUAGGAAAUAUUUCAUACUAAUUCUAUUUUGGGGUUCAGUUGGAAUGUUUUAAGCUACUUUACUUGGAUUAAUCAACAUAAUUGAACUUUGGAAUAAUUUUUGGUAAUAUAAAACUUUAGACUUUAAUAAAAUCUAGGAAGGAUUUAUAUUUUUAGUCAUAUUUUCACAAUUCUUGAAUGCUUUUGGUUUAUAUUAUUUCUUUUGGACCAACUUCAAAUUGAUAGCUGCUAAUAUUUGCACACUUGAUCAAUUGAUUUUAGAUAUUGAAUCUUAAACUAAAAGAAAAUAUGUAUCUAUUCUAAUUAUAUUAUUUUAGCAUACUGAUUUAACUGUAUAUAAUAUAGGAUUUUGGUACAACUUUUAUUUUUAUUUUGGAAAAAAUCCAUUUCUUUGGUUAUUACCUGUAGGAAAACCUUUAGGAGAUGGAUAUCAUUGGGAUAAAAAAGCUAGUCUAAGAGAAAUGACAGAAACAACUUUAUAAAUUAUGGAAUGA